AAUUGACGUGUACACAUCGAAGCGCUAUCUAUAAUCUACUGUAACCAUAUUUCUUAACCUAUAACCAUUACCGCUUUGCAAACAUAGGACGGUUCGAUCAUUUUGCAAGAUAUUCUUAAAUGCAAACGUUCUUUUACUAUUAAUUAAAAUGGGUGGUGUUGAAAAUACUGGAAUCAAAAUCAAUAAAUGGGAUGGAUCUGCUGUAAAGAAUGCAUUAGAUGAUGCAGUAAAGGAUGUUCUUACAAAAAAAUAUAAUUACAUAGAAAAUUUUGCUCUUCUUGAUGGAAGACUGGCACUCUGUGGAAUUGCAGUGAUAAUAGCUAUAAUCGCAUUACUUUUUGACUACUUAUAUCCAUUCCCAGCAUCUAAACCUGUUUUGAUAGUUUGCGUAUCAUUAUAUUUUGUUUUGAUGGGACUUUUAACUCUUUAUACGACUUAUAAAGAAAAAGGAAUAUUUGUUGUUGCUAUUCAAAGGGAUCCUGCGGGUUUCAAUCCUGAUCUCAUAUGGGAAGCAAGUUCAUAUAUGAAAAAGUAUGACGAUAAAUAUAGUCUCGUAUUGUCUGUUAGAAGUCCUUCCUCAGGGAUUACUAAUGAAACUACAGUAACAAAAUCCGUUGCAAAUUUCAUUGAUGUGAAUGGUGUAGUAAUACCAGAAUUAAUAGAAGCUGUUGUAACAGACAUGCAUGACAGUAUAACACGUCAGCGCAAAGAAAAGUAGAUUAUGAUUAUAUAAAAGUAUAUGAUUUUUAUUUUAAACAUACACUUCAAACAAUUUAUAUCAUUAAUUUCAUUUAUAUAUGUGCGAUACAUUAGAAAAAAAUAAAAAUAUUUGUUAAAACUUUGUGUUUAUAAAAAGUAAAAUAUAAACACAACAGAUAAUUCUUUAAGACAUUUUUGCGAACGUUAUGAUUCUUAAUACAACAAUUUCUAGAAAUUAUAUUACAUUAUAUUUGUUCAAUAUGAUAUUAUAUUUUCUGUAAACAUGUCGAAAAUAUUUAAAUUUAUACAAUGAAA